UGUGUGAAGGGAGGACAGAAUACACACACACGCACAGAAAGGUUACCUUUGACACCUGCACACCCCUCAGACACUCUCUGUCCUGUGCACCUGUCUACUGCUGGAGUGGAGAUGACGCAGGCCGCAGUGACUGGCGCUCUCACCUGCGCCCUGCUGGCUCUGGUGUCCGGGGGCAACGUGGAUUUGGGAGGCACCACAACAGGCUUUUACCCCCGAUUCAAUCCCUUCUUCUUUCUGUGCACUCACCAUGGCGAGCUUGAGGGGCCCUCGGGAGCCGAGGCAGGAGGGGAGGUUCUGCUCACCUUCCAGAUCAACGGAAACCCAACAGCCUACAUCCCAGGACAGGAAUAUCAGGUGACGAUUUCAACCAGUACCUACUUUGAUGGGCUGCUGGUCACCGGUCUCUACACCUCCACCACUGUCCAGUCUUCUCCAAUCUCUGCAUCUUCAGCCUUUGGGUUUGGAGCAAUGUCAGAAAGACAGUUUGGGACUCAGUUUGUGUGCAGUGUGGUGGCAUCUCACGUCAGUCACCUGCCGUCCACCAGCCUGAGCUUCAUCUGGAUUGCACCUCCACCGGGCACAGGCUGCGUCAACUUCAUGGCCACGGCGACACAUCGAGGACAGAUCAUCUUCAAGGACGCUCUGGCUCAGCAGCUCUGUGAGCAGGGAGCACCUACAGAGUCUCCUUUGCGUCCAAGUCUAGCUGUGGUUCAUGGUGACCAUGCUGUUCUUCGUGAGGAUUUUGAAUAUAACACGCAAGAAGAGCUUAAUAUCAAUAUCUGGUCAGACUGUAGUAACUGUGAGGUGGGCGAGCAGUGCGGUGCAUUGAUGCAUGGGAAAGCAGUGACAUUUUGUGAGCCCUUUGGACAGAGAGAAAUGACUACAGUGGCUCUCAACACGACCACAGCCUCAGUGUUGCAGUUUGCUUUGGGAUCUGGUUCCUGUCGGUUCAGUUAUUCAGAUCCCAGUAUAAUCAUCUCCUGCGGUGUGAACAGCUCUGAUGACUGGAUCACCCUGGAAAAGAUCAGGGCUCCCACUAACAGCAGCACAGUGGUGCAUCUCUUGCCUUUGCCUCCGGGCUGUAAAGGGGAUGCGGUGCAUCUGCGCUGGAGUCAAGAGUCACCUGUGGGCCCCGAUGGUUAUGAGUCCUGCUGGGGGCUUGAUAACAUACUGGUGGUGAACACAGCUAACCGGCCCCCUCUGCUGGAGGACAACCUCGACCCUCUAGAUACGGCCAACUGGCUCUUCUUCCCAGGAGCUACAGUAAAGCAUGCUUGUCAAUCAGAGGGCAACUCCUUGUACUUUCAUGGCGGAGAGGGAUUUGAGCACAGUUUUGCCUCCACACGAGAUGUAGACCUCCACCGUGAAGAAGGACGUAGUUACUGGGAGGAAGACUUUGAGAGUCCACCUAGUGGAUGGGACAUUGAGGGUGCUGUAUAUGGAGCUCAGUGUGGGGAGGUUGAGUCAGGCUUGGCUCUAGUCUUCCUCAGAGAUGGAGAGAGGAGGGUGUGUACUCCAUACUUGAACACCACCUUCUAUGGCAACCUGCGAUUCCACUUCACCAUGGGUGGUAGUGGGUGCGACCCUGGAGAAUCCAACAAGAAUAAUGUAAUCCUUUUUGGCUUGUCCGAGGGCAGAAAAGACCAUGUGAUUCUGGACAUACUUCCAUAUUCAGCCUACAGGACUCCUACAGUGGUAUCAGUUGGUUUGCCCACAGAGCUCCAGGCUCCAGCCACUCAGUUUUGUCUAGAGCAGAAGUUUCAUGGUGGAGCCAGCCGGCAUGUUUGGGCUGUGGACUUCCUGCAGCUGCUACCUGUGCUUCCUGGUGCAAACACUCACGUGGUGCAGUUUUCAAUCAACCUAGGAUGUGGCGUCUAUCAGCCAGCCAACAGCGUCAAUCUGGAGUUCUCAAACAAUCAUGGGCGCUCCUGGUCGCUCCUGCACACAGAGUGUCUUCCUGAGCUGUGUGCCGGCUCACAUCUCCCUCACAGCAGCAUCUACUCAUCAGAGAACUACAGCGGUUGGUCGAGGAUCACCAUUCCCCUACCCAACGCUGCUCUAACAGAAAGCACUCGCUUCCGCUGGAGACAGACCGCUGUCGGAACAAGCAACAUGUGGGCCAUUGACAACGUUUAUGUCGGACCGUCCUGUUUGCGUUUCUGCUCAGGGAGAGGACACUGCUCACGCACGGGCUGCAAGUGUGACCCUGGAUUCAGUGGUCCAGCAUGUGAGCUGGCAUCUCAGACCUUUCCUGCAUUUCUGUCUGAGAGUUUCUCCAGUGCCAGGCUCUCUUCCUAUCACAGCUUCUCUUCACUUCGUGGAGCAGAGGUCAGCUUUGCCUGUGGGGUCUUGGCCAGUGGCAAGGCCCUGGUCUUCAACAGAGACAGCAGACGACACAUUAUGACAACUCCCCUGGACAGUUCACAGGCCAGAUAUCUACAGUUUACUCUGAGACUGGGCAGCCGCAGCACUUCAAGUUCCUGUCCUGCACCAGAUCAGCCAGGAGAGGGUGUUCUGCUGCAUUACUCCUCAGAUAAUGGAAUCACCUGGACGCUGCUGCAGCAUUACGCUUAUCAGGGCUUCCACGAGCCCAGAAUUGUUUCAGUGGAACUCCCUCCUGGUGCCCGUAAAUUCGGGGUCCAGUUCCGCUGGUGGCAGCCAUAUCACUCUGGCCGCGGUCAGGAUGUCUGGGCUCUUGAUGAGAUCAGCAUGACCUCCGUCCUCUUCAACAUCAUCAGUCUUGACUUUAGCAAUGUGUUAGAUGUGACUCAGAGUCUAGGCUUCUACCUAGGAAAGGUUCAGCCUUACUGUCAGCAUGACUGGACCCUCAGUUUCUCAGGCGAUCAUGGGUCGGCCUCCAGUAUUCGCUAUGUGGAAACGCAAUCCAUGCAGAUCGGAGCGUCGUAUAUGAUCCAGUUCUCUUUGGUCAUGGGCUGUGGACGCAAACCCUCCCCUCACAUUGACACUCAGGUUCGGCUGGAAUUUUCUACCAAUCAUGGCUUGACUUGGCAUCUUGUCAAAGAGGCCUGUCUUCCUGGCAUGCCAAGCUGCUCAGAGUUCACUGCUUCCAGUGUGUACCAUCCCUCUGAGUUUACACACUGGAGACGGAUCACACUUCCACUCCCAUACAAAACCUGGUCGAGUGCGACACGGUUCCGAUGGAUUCAGACUUACUACCAGGAACAGGAUGAGUGGGCAUUAGAUGACAUAUACAUUGGACAGCAGUGCCCUCAAAUGUGUCAUGGACAUGGCUGGUGUGACCAUGGUCACUGCAGGUGUGAUGAAGGCUUUACUGGCUCAGACUGCCAGCCGUUCUCCACUCUGGCCUCUAGUGUGCUGUCAGACUUUGAGUCUCAGGACACACUGAUAACAACAUGGCAGGAAGUGACUGGUGGAGAGAUUAUGCUCCCUGACCAGGGCUGUGGGGUGGUUUCCUCUGGGUCCUCACUUUACUUCAGUAAGGCUGGGCUGAGACAGCUUGUGAGCUGGGACUUGGACACUGAGUGGGCAGAGUUUGUGCAGUUCUACCUGCGAAUGGGCGGAGACGAGGUGGAGUGUAAUCAAGCGGACAGCAGAGAAGAGGGCGUUUUGCUGCAGUACAGUAAUGAUGGAGGAAUCAGCUGGGGUCUGAUCGCAGAGAUGUACUUCACUGACUUUACCAAACCACGAUUUGUUCAUUAUGAACUUCCCUUGGCCUCUAAAACACCCUGCACCCGUUUCCGCUGGUGGCAGCCCCUCCACUCAGGUGAGGGCUACGAUCAGUGGGCUAUUGAUGAUGUCAUCAUCCUCUCUGAGAGAGAGAAGCAUGCCAUUCCAAUGGCCGAUCCUACACGUCCUCAGAACUUCUAUGAGAAACCAGCGUUUGAUCAUCCACUCAACCAGAUGAGCGUGUGGCUGAUGCUGGGAAAUGAGGGAAUGGACAAGGAUCGCAACGGGAGUUUCUGUGCACCAACGCCCUCUGCGCUAGUGUUCGGCCGCUCCGAUGGUGACCGGAUGGCUGUGACCCGAGAUCUGUCUCUCCGUCCUGGAUACACUCUACAAUUCAAGUUGAAUAUCGGCUGCGAGUCGGUCUUCAGUGCCUCGGCACCUGUGCUGCUCCAGUACUCUCAUGAUGCUGGCCGGACCUGGGCUCUUGUACGGGAGGGCUGUUACCCAGGAUCACCAGGUGCAACGAGCUGUGAGGGCAGUGGACGUGAAUUAAGAGAGCCCACUAUUUACAACACUGGAGACUAUGAGCGCUGGACCAGAAUUACUGUUGUACUUCCACGAAUUGUAGCUGCAAGUAAGACCCGCUUCCGUUGGUUCCAGGAAAGCAGUGUAUAUCGGGACGUUCCUGCGUUCGCACUGGAUGGCGUCUACAUCUCUGAGCCCUGUCCCAAUCACUGCGGGGGGCAUGGAGACUGCAUCUCAGGGGUCUGCUUCUGUGAUAUGGGAUAUACAGUUGAGGUGGAUCAGUCAAGUUGUGUCCCAUCUGCACCGAGUCCCACUGAACUUACAGAGGAUUUUGAGGGCAAACUGAGUCCACUGUGGCAGAGUCUGAGCGGGGGGCAGAUCGGGGAUGGCUGUGGGACCAUCAGCGAGGGUAAAGCCCUGUACUUCAGCAGCCCUGGCAGACGAGAGGCUCACACUGUUCCUCUGGACACCACCAACACCCGGUUGGUUCAGUUCUACAUUCGGAUUGGAGGAAAAAACAUGGGUUUGACCUGUACUCGACCCCGCACACGCAAUGAAGGUGUAAUUGUCCAGUUUUCCACUAACAAUGGCGUGCAAUGGCAGCUUUUACGAGAGUUGGACUUUGGGUCCUUCCUUGAACCUCAGGUGGUGACAAUUGAGCUCCCACCUGCAGCAAAGUCACCCCACACUGUCUUCCGUUGGUGGCAACCACAGCAGGGUAAACAUUCGGCACAGUGGGGUCUGGAUAAUAUUCUGAUCGGAAUGAACGACAGCGCUAGAAGUGGAUUCUCUGACACGUUUGAUGGCACAUGCCCAUUAAGACACAACUGGUAUAGAGUUGUUGGUGGAGAGGUCACAGCAGACUGUCUGACCCGAGACUCGGUGCUGAACUUCAACUCAGAAGUCAUGGACAAGAGGCCACGUUACGCUGAGAGCUGGGACUUUGAAGUGUCUGGCUCCUCGUUCCUGCAGUUUGAUCUGAGCAUGGGGUGCAGUAAAGCCACUUCUCCAUCUCACGGUGUUCAUCUGGAGUUCUCCACAGACUGCGGCCGCCACUGGACCCUCAUCACACAAGAGUGUGUGCCCCCUGCCAUCGGCUGCUCGGGAUACACUCAGCGAUCUGUGUACAGCGCUCCUCAGUAUCUGCAGUGGAGGAGGGUCACCGUCUAUCUGCCAAACGCUGCAAUCUCAGCUAGAACACGCAUCCGUUGGAUUCAGCCUCAUUUUGCUCCUGGAGCUGAUGGCUGGGCACUGGAUAAUGUGCUGCUGACACCCGGCUGCCCCUGGAUGUGCUCUGGACAUGGCCUCUGUGACAACGGACACUGUGUUUGUGACAAGGGUUAUGGUGGCAUUCAUUGCGUACCUGUAGUUCCUCUGUUAUCAGUUCUGAAGGAAGAUUUCAAUGAGAAUCUGAAGUCAGACAUCUGGCCGGAGGUGUACGGGGCAGAGAGGGGUACAUUGAGUGGAGAGCCCCUAAAAUCAGGAACGGCCCUCAUUUUUAAAGGGGAGGGGUUGAGGAUGCUGGUUUCAACAGAUUUAGACUGCACAAAUACAAUGUACAUCCAAUUUUCUUUCAAGUUCAUAACAAAGGGAGUGCCUGAGCGGUCUCACUCUGUGUUGCUGCAGUACUCUGUGAAUGGAGGCAUCAGUUGGCUGCUUAUAGACGAGUUUUAUUUCCCCACCUCCACAGACACACUGUUUGUUCACUUGUCUUUACCACCCAGUGCACAGACGAAUGCUACACGCUUUAGAUUGUGGCAGCCUUACAACAGUGGAAAGAAGGAGGAGGUUUGGGUGAUUGAUGACCUCAUCAUAGAUGGCAACACUGUCAACAAUGUACCAAUUAUAUUAGAUAACUUUGAAGGAGGACCUCAGGAGGGAAACUGGUUGUUUUAUCCUGGAGGAAACACUGGAUUCUACUGCCCAUACCAGAGAGGGGGACUGGAAGAUGACUCCGCUAUGGUAUUUAUGUCCAGUGAAUCGGGUGAACACUCUAUAACCACAAGAGAUAUUGAUGUCAACGAGAACACGGUCAUCCAGUUCGAGAUUAAUGUGGGCUGCACCACUGAAAGCUCCUCCUUAAACCCUGUGCGACUGGAGUUUUCACGAGACUUUGGAGCCACAUGGCAUCUGUUAGUUCCCCUAUGUGCCGGGGGUCCUAGGCUCAGUUCUCUUUGUUCUACUGAACUCCACCCUGCCAGUGUGUAUUACUCCGGCACUACUCAGGGCUGGAGACGAGAAGUUAUUCACUUUGUCAAGCUGCGAUUGUGUGGCUCUGUGAGGUUCCGCUGGUACCAAGGAUUUUAUUCAGGUGGCGUGGCUCCGCCCACCUGGGCCCUGGACAGUGUUUACAUCGGCCCUCAGUGUCAGAACAUGUGUAAUGGCCAUGGGGCAUGUGUUCAGGGCACUCACUGUAACUGUGAUCCAGGUUACUCUGGUCCUGACUGCACCAUCCGGGAUAUGCCCAAUCCAGAUUUCAUGAAGGAGGAUUUUGAAGGUGGCGUUUUGGAAUCAGAGUAUUUCAAAUUGUUGAGUGGAGGAAAACCUUCCAGAAAGUGUGGCAUUACAACCAGCGGCAACCAUCUGUUCUUCAGUGAGGACGGACUGCGAAUGCUGGAGACCUUGGAUUUGGACCUGUCUAAUGCUAGGUUUAUUCAGUUCUUCCUGCGGCUGGGCUGCGGUAAAAGCUCUCCUGACCCUCGCUCACAGCCUGUGCUCCUGCAGUUCUCUGUAGAUGGUGGGCUAAACUGGGCUCUUCUUCAGGAAUUCUUGUACAGCAACAGCAGUAACCAGGCUCACCUGGUGGCCUUGGAGAUCCCUCUCAGAGCGCGUACUGCAGCGACACUUGUGCGCUGGUGGCAACCGUCUGAGAACGGCCACUUCCACAGUCCCUGGGUUAUUGAUAAAUUGGUUAUGGGUGGCAGUGCUAGUGGUUGGGGGCCAUUAGAAGAUGACUUCUCAUCCACAAAUGACCGUUCAUGGCUGCUACACCCCGGUGGCACACGAAUGCCAGUGUGCGGCUCUGAUGGUGAAGCUUUUGCCUUCAUUGAGAAGUCCAGCACCCGCUACGGAAUUACCACAGACAUCAGUCUGGGACCAGACUCCUUCAUCCAGUUUGAUUUCUCUGCAUCCUGCUCCGUCACCUCCUCCUGCUAUACGGUGGAGCUCGAGUACUCUUUGGAUCUGGGUUUAACCUGGCUUCCACUGGUGAGAGAUUGUUUACCCACAAGUCCAGACUGCUCUUCAUUCACACUACAGAGGCUGCUGGUGUCAGAUACUUACAACAAGUGGGGAAGAGUCACUUUACCCAUACCACACUACGCCAGAUCCACUGCUACACGGUUCCGUUGGUUCCAGCCAGCCCCGUUUGAUAAGCAGCAGACAUGGGCUCUGGAUAACCUCUACAUUGGUGAUGGCUGUCCUGACAUGUGCUCCGGACGUGGCCGCUGCAGACAGAGCUCCUGUGUAUGUGACCCUGAGUGGGGUGGGGAGUUCUGCGAUGAACCGCUGGUCUCUCUGCCUGUGCAGCUGAAGGACAGUUUCAGUCGAGCUCCAGCACUCAAUCACUGGCACCUGCUCACUGGCGGCAAAAUCAGCACUGUGUGUGGCGCCGUGGCCUCAGGAUCCGCCCUGCACUUCAGCGGGAGCUGCUCUCGUCAGCUGGUGACGGUGGAUUUGAAUCUGACCAGUGCUGAAUUCAUCCAGUUCUACUUUAUGUACGGCUGCAUGAUCUCGCCCAGCAAUCGCAAUCAGGGUGUGCUGCUGGAGUUCAGUGUAAAUGCCGGUAUCAGCUGGAACCUCCUGACAGAGAUAUUCUAUGACCAAUACAGCAAACCAGAGUUUGUGAAUGUUUUGCUGCCUCCUGCAGCGCGGGUGGUGGGCGUACGGAUUCGCUGGUGGCAGCCUCAGCAUGAUGGGGCAGAUCGCAGUGACUGGGCUCUGGAUAAUGUGUUGAUCUCUGGAUCAGACACUCACUCUCAGAUCUCGGACACGUUUGGUGGAGUGGCACUGCCCAGUCACGAGCGAGCGCCUGCUGAUGCCACACACACCCGCCACAGCAGCUCGCCCCCUCACCAUGAGGAAACCAUCGUGAGUGAUCACUGGCUGUUCUCUGAGGACUGCUCUGUCAAGCGUUUCUGCAGUUCUCCUGAUGGCGUGAUGGUGUGCGGCAGCACUGAUGGACAGGAAGUGUAUGCCGUCACACAUGACAUAGUUCCUGCUAAGGGAUGGGUGAUGCAGUUUAAGAUUGCAGUUGGCUGCAGCGUGACAGAGAAGCCUGCAGAGAGACAGAUUCAUGUUCAAUACUCGGUGAACUUUGGUGUGGCCUGGAAGUACUUGGUUCCUCAGUGUUUACCUGCAGAUCCACGCUGCGCUGGACAGGUGUCGCAGCCAUCUGUGUUCUUCCCUGCAGACGGAUGGAAACGAGUGGUUUAUCCUCUACCAGACAGUCUUGCAGACAUUACUGUACGGUUCCGCUUCUAUCAGAGGCAUUCAGAUACACAGUGGGCGGUGGAGAACUUCUACAUUGGUCCUGCUUGUGAAAACCACUGUGGAGGUCAUGGAGACUGCCUGGACCAGCACUGCCUGUGUGACCCCGGGUUCACUGGACCCAACUGCUAUGCCAGUAUGACACUGAAGGCAUCACUGAAGGAGCGUUUCGACUGGGACGGGGUCCGGGGGCCGCAGUGGCAGGUGCUGGAGGGUGGAUACCCCUGCACUGACUGUGGGGUGCUGGUGGAGGGAACUGCACUGUAUUUCAAUGGGGCAGAUGCCAGACAGGCGGUCACUAGCGAUCUGGACUUGCGCGGGGCCAAAUUUGUAGAGUACUGGGCUAAAAUUGGCAGUGAGGAGAAUGUUACACUGUGCCAUCGCCCAACAUGUCGGAGAGAGGGAGUGUUAUUGGAUUACUCUAUUGAUGGAGGUGUGUCUUGGACUUUACUCCAUGAGAUGGACUAUCUGAAGUAUGUGUCCGUGAGGAGAGAUUACAUUGUGUUGCCAGAGAGAGCUCUGACCAAUGCCACCAGCCUGCGUUGGUGGCAGCCAUUCUCGCUGUCUUCAGGCCUGGUCAGGCCGAGUGUAGAGCGAGCUCAGUGGGCUCUAGACAACAUCCUUGUAGGAGGAUCCGACAUCAACCCCAGCACUCUACUGGACACCUUUGAUGAUGAGGGUGUCUCUCAUGAAGAGAGCUGGAGCUUCUAUCCCAAUGCUGUCCGCACAGCCGGAUUCUGUGGAAACCCAUCUUUCCACUUGUACUGGCCUAACAAGAACCAUGACGGGUCACACAACAUCCUGGCUACCCGUGAACUCAUUGUUCAGCCUGGUUACAUCUUACAAUUCAAGAUUGUGGUUGGCUGUGAGGCAGACAUAUGUGAUGACCAUCAUUCUGUACUUUUACAGUACAGGAAGGAUGCCAGGUCAGAUGUGUGGCAGUUAGUCCAGUCAGCCUGUCUCCCUUCAUCAAUCAACAAUGUGGGCUGUUCACCUUUCCAGUUCCACGAGUCCACAAUCUACAGUCCCGUCAACAGCUCAGUGUGGACCAGAGUCACCAUUCAGCUGCCUGACCACGUGUCUUCAGGUGCGACACAGUUUCGCUGGAUUCAACAGGAGGCUACUGGUGAGCGCAACAGCUGGGCCGUGGAUCAUGUGUAUAUUGGAGAAGCAUGUCCAGGUCUGUGCAGUGGUCACGGGUACUGUACCAGUGGACCUGUCUGCAUCUGUGAUGAAGGGUACCAUGGUGAUGAUUGCUCUUUGUCUAGCAGUGAGCUGCCCAGCUCUAUAAAGGAUAACUUUGAGUCUGGUUCGGUGUCCCAGGAGAGCUGGAGUUUGAUUCAGGGUGGCGGGGUGGGCAGCGGCUGCGGUCAGCUCUCUCCUCAUGCUCAUGGGGACUCAUUGUACUUCAACGGCUGCAAGAUGAGACAAGCCAUCACCAGACCUCUGGAUCUAACGCGUGCCAGUAAAAUCAUGUUCGUGCUGCAGAUAGGCAGUAUGUCUCAAACAGACAGUUGCAAUACUGCCCUGGAUAAGGCAGAUACAGUCGAUCGGGCCGUGCUUCUCCAAUACAGUGUUAAUAACGGAGUUAGCUGGCAUGUCAUUGCGCAGCACCAGCCAAAAGAUUUCAUCAAGGCCCAGAGAGUCUCCUACAACAUUCCACUUGAGGCUCGUGUGAGGGGGGUGCUGUUACGGUGGUGGCAGCCACGUCAUGACGGCACAGGUCAUGACCAGUGGGCGCUGGACCAUGUGGAAGUCAUUCUCACCCGUAAACAAAACUACAUGAUGAACUACUCCAGACAGACAGGUCUUCACCACUACUACAACAGGAAGAGGCGGGCAUUGCGACAGCGAACCUAAAUGCUUAGAAGGAACAACGUGCCAAUCACACACGAUUCUGUUGGCUACUAUACGCUUUCCCUGAAGAGAAUACACCACGUCAGGUCACUUCUGUCAGAAUACGGCCAUUCUCUCCCAUCUGAACGAUACAUGGACCAUCUAGUCCCAUUUAUAGCCAAUCAAUGCCUUCCCAGAACGGUGUGAUGGGAAAGACUAAGCACCUAAUCGUGGUGAAUUGUUUUGUAUACUAUCAGUAAACUGUUGGGUUUCUUGAUUUUGUUCAUUAUUAUUCAUAUUAUUAUUAUUAUCUUAUUUGAAUCCUCCUGAUGUGAACUAUUACAAAGCUCUCCUGCUCUCACCUCACUCUUUACCACACUGUGAAGUUAUUCUGAUGGUUCUGAUCAUUACUAGUGCUGAUAAAGUUCUGGAAUAGAUCCACAAAGGAAAACUGAAGAAGCAGUUUCUAGAAAGAAGAUAAUGAUGUGUUUUUGCUGUUGUGUGUCUGUGGGUUUGUUUUGUGAUGCGUUGAUUGUGGUGUUCCAAUCAUUUUGUUGGUUUUAUACUAACUUGUUUCUUCUGGGCCUUGAUCAUUUUUCCUGUCUAAAUGAGGCAAGGGUAGUCAGCCUUGGAGAAGGAAAAGCAGAGAAUGAAAAGAGAAAAAUGCAUUUAAAAAGAGAGACUAACAAUGUUUUGUUGUUGUUGAUAAAUCACUUUUUAUAUAUCUUGGUUCUUUAAAAAUAUUUAUGGUAAAUGGUUCUCCCCUUAACCUAUUUAAAAUGCACUGUGCGUGAAACCCGUAUGGGUUUUUCUUUUUUUAGUUUUAAGUUAUUUAGCAAAUGUCAGGUUUUCAGUUGCAAACAACACCCUUUUCUCCUCACUCAGUGUCAUCCAGUCAUGCUGUUACCCACUUCCUUGUUCCCCCUCUUUUGUUUUUGUACCUGAAAAGUUUACGCUGUCAGUGUUGUUUAUGAUGUUACUCUCUCCCUUUCUUGGUGUAGCUCUCCGAUAUAGCAAGUUCUUGUGUAUAUAUAUAUAUUGUAUAUUGUAUAUAUAUAUAUGCAGGGAUCCAUCAGCCUUAUAAAAGGGAAAUAAAGAACUGUCAAAACCUUCAACAGACUAAGAGUUUAUUUAUAGUGUUUAUUGCAGAUACAA